AUGUCUUAUCACGGUCAUAGUAAAAAAGGUUUACUCAUUCUCACUAUCUUAGUCUCACCAAUAACUGUAUAUUAUAUACGUGGGAUUGGACGCAGUUUAUUAAUUAAUAUAAUUUUAUACUGCUGGUGUUGGUUUCCUGGGGUGGUUCAUGGUCUUUUUAUCUUAUAUUCCGAUAGUAAUUAUACUUCAACAUCAAGAAGUUACAGCCAAGCUUACACUUCCUCUGGAUAUGGUAACAAUAAUUCUCCUAGACAAGUUCCUCCUAUUCCUUCAACUCAGGCAUAUGAACCUAAACCACCUCCAACAUAUUCACCGAAUGAAACAAAUACUGACACUAAGAAAUAA